CUGUGUCUUUAAUUCCUCCGGAGUACUGCGCAUCGCGCAGUUGCGGUGCUGCUUUACAGGACGUACACGCUAAAACGCUAGACGUUGCACGCGCGCAGUUGCAGUUGCAGCCGAGUUGCAGAGCCGUCCGCAAGGUUUACGUCGACGUUCUAGAGGCACCCGUCAUCGUCGUCGUCGUCGUUGCUGAUCAGAUGGUACAACGCAAUUUGCGCCCACGUUUUUCCGCGCCGUCCUGUCAAAAGACCACCGUCCACGCGUUAUCCUAUACGCGACGUGUUCGUCGUCGUCGUCGUCGUCUGGGUUGCACUUGGUCGGAGCAGUGAGAAACGCGACGACGAAGAAGCGAAUUCGACGCUCUCGAAGAGGAAGAAGUGCUUCAGCGAGUGUCGGAAAAAUAAUAGGCGAUGUCGCGCUUUAUUUAUGUGCUCUAAUUGUCCUCUGUGCAUGAAUUAUUGCGAUGGACUGAUACAUUUGUCGUGCAAACCAUCGUUCCCAAACAAGAUUCACAAUGAGUUCGCAACCAAUUGUUGUACCUGGUGGAGAACAUCAGCGUUUACAAGCAGAAACUCAUUCUGUACCUCUUGGAAGUUCAGUGGAUGCCUUUAAGACGAUGACACCGCCAAAUGUCAGCAGAUCUCUUAGUCAACCAGCGGAUCGACAACAUCGACGAAGCAGCGUUCAAGUUCAAGCACAAUCUACACCAAUACCUAAACUUCCAUCAACUGAGUCCCUUUCAACAAGCGUAAAUAUUACAACCGGUGCACCUCCAGUUUCUCCAGGACUUUCUGGAAUGGGUGAAGGUCAAAUCGACAAUUCUUCAGAUAAGUCGUUGGAUUCCUGCAAAUUAACACGAAAAGAAUCGUAUAAGGCCCAAAGAAAGAAUUAUCGGAUGGAGAAGAAAAGAGUGGCCAACGAACUUUUAAGCUCUUUUAAAGACCCGACUGUUAUUGUUAUGAGUGAUUGGCUAAAAGUUCGCGGUACAUUGAAAAGUUGGACCAAAUUGUGGUGUAUUCUGAAACCUGGAUUAUUGCUGUUGUACAAAAGUCCAAAAACAAAGAGUAACCAUUGGGUGGGAACUGUAUUACUUAAUACAUGUCAAGUCAUAGAACGCCCGAGUAAGAAAGAUGGAUUUUGUUUUAAAUUAUUUCAUCCCUUAGAACAGUCUAUAUGGGCUCCUCGAGGACCAGAAAAAGAAGCUAUUGGUGCCGUUGUACAACCUUUACCAACGUCUUACUUAAUCUUCCGAGCACCGUCCCAAGCAGCGGGCAAAUGUUGGUUAGAUGCACUUGAAUUAUCGUUACGUUGUUCUUCAUUAAUAGUGCGCUCAACAAGCGCACUACCACGUCCUUUACCACACGAUAUACCACACGAUACAACGACUACACAUGAAACCCAGUGGAGCGAAGCUGAUUGAAAACACUUUGAUGAUCAUGAGUACGAUACCCGUCAAGUAGUAACGCUAGAUCCUGUGUACAUCUCGCAUACAGACCUGGACGAUAUUAGUCAGCCCGAAAAUGGAGUAGCAGCUGAUGCUGAAAUCAGUGCUUCGGAUAGCGAGUCUGAGACAUCAGCCAAGGAAGAUCAAUCAUCAGAACCAAUCACUGAAACACCAUACGUUUCGAAUGAAAACGAAGUUCUUGGAACAGCCGGUGAAGUCGUCACGGAACUGCAAGAAGAACAAAAGUCUUUGAUAUGGUUCUUGAUGAAGCAAGUUCGUCCUGGCAUGGAUCUGUCUAAAGUUGUAUUGCCAACUUUUAUUUUGGAACCACGUUCAUUUCUGGAAAAACUAGCCGAUUCUUAUUAUCAUGCUGAUUUAUUGUCUCAAGCAGUACUGGAAGAUGAUGCAUUUACGCGUAUGAAGGCUGUAGUAAAAUGGUACUUAUCGGGAUUUUAUAAGAAACCGCAAGGCCUGAAAAAGCCAUACAAUCCGCUUUUAGGCGAAACAUUUCGCUGUUAUUGGCAACAUCCUAAUGGUUCAAGAACAUUCUACUUAGCUGAACAAUUAUCACAUCAUCCACCUAUCUCAGGAUUCUAUGUAACAAAUCGCCAAGAUGGAUUUACUAUUAGCGCUACAAUUAUUGCAAAGUCUAAAUUUUAUGGAAAUUCAACUUCUGCAGUUUUAGAUGGUGUUGCUGUAUUAACAAUGCUACCAAGAGGUGAAGAUUAUACAAUGACAAUUCCUUAUGCACAUUGUAAAGGUAUUCUUAUGGGAACAUUGUCUAUGGAACUUGGUGGAAAAGUAAACAUAAUAUGCGAGAAAACCGGUUAUCAUACCGAAUUAGAAUUUAAACUCAAGCCAUUCCUCGGUGGUGCAGAAUUAAUGAAUCAAGUUGUAGGACGAAUACGUCUGGGGAAAGAAACUCUAACUACUAUAUCGGGAUAUUGGGAUGGACUAAUUUUAAUAACAGACAAGCGAACAGGACAAGAAAGUGUAUUCUUUAAUCCAACUCCAGAAAUACGUAAGAACAGGUUAAAGAAGUUUACUGUUCCUUUGGAAUAUCAGGGGCAAUGGGAAAGUGAAAAAUUGUGGUAUGCUGUUACACAAGCCAUUAAUAGUGACGAUCAACUCGCUGCUACCGAGGCUAAAACUCAACUCGAAGAAGCACAAAGGGAACGUGCUAAAGAACGGAAAAGUCUCGCGCAAGAAUGGAUUCCAAAAUAUUUUGUUCAAGAUAUUAUAACGGGAAAUUGGGUCUAUCGGCAUGCUGAUGUAAGACCAUGGGAUCCAAGAAAUGAUGUAGUACAAUAUGAAGAAAAUUAUGUAGUACGCACAAAAACUAGACAUAAAACACCUAUUAUGCGUACUGGCAGUAUUGUGUCUACUGAUCCACAAUCACAGAUUCCAUUACUACAAGCUGAGUCACGUUCAUCCUUAUCAGUACUCAAAUCUUCAAAGAGGCAGUUGUCUAAUAAUAUGCCUAUGUCAGAGACAGCUCAUGAUUCUGGGAGCUCGUCUGCAGAGGCGCAUACUGAUUCUAGUCAAUCAUUAGGAAAAAGAAGACGUUCGACUGCUAGAAUAAUAGUCAUAAUGAAAGAAGUAGAGAGUCAAAUGUUGGAACAUGGCGAAAAACUAAAUCGUAUACAGCAUAUUGUAGAACAAGUUUGCAAGAAACAAAGAGAGUCUGCUGAACAGCAUCACAACAUAAGUAUGUUUAAGAGCUUCGUGGAUACUAUACUUAUUGUUAUUAUCGUUUUCUCAGUGCAAUACUUUCUAAGUGCAUGGAGCAACAAUCCUAUGAAAGGUUGAAAAUUUUAGUAACGUUAUUUUGUUACUUGUCACUUGAAUUAUGCGUAUCAAUUUUUGUCCUAAAAUUCUCACAGAGUGGUGUUGGUAUCUAUUUCAUGAUCAUGGUGAGACAAAUUGUGUUGGGAGAAAUAUAAUUAUAAUUUUUAUUUUAAAACAAUAUUUGUGGAACACUUAUCUAUGUAGAAAUAAAAUAUUAUUAGAAAAUAUAAGAAUCCACGCAAUGUAGAUUCAGUGCAAUGGUAUUUUGUCAUAGUUGCAAAAAUACAAAAUGUCAAAUACAGGAGCUAACAGUCUAUAUGAGCUUAUAUUGUAUAUAGGGCUUAAUUAAUGUGAGAAGAUAUUGUUCUCGAAUUACUAAUCUAAUUUUUAUUGCAACCCGCCAGUACCAAAUUGUAAUAUAAUCGUAUGAUUGUUGUACAAAAAUGUUCCGUCGUCACUUUUAUAGUUAAUUUAUUAUAAAUUUAUUAUAUUUAAUUAUGUAUUAAUAUAUAAUAUAAUAGCACAUAUUGUAAUUUGAUUUCAGUGUGAUAUCAUGUUACAAUAAUGUUUUAUAUUAAAUCGUUAUAUGUUUUACGUCAAUUGAUAAACUCUGUUAUUGAUAUAUUGAUUAACUUGCGUUAUAAUAGAGGACAUCAAAUAUUCUAUGUGCUUACAGAUUGAUAAAAAUUUUUCUUGAAAA